UGCGCCACCUCCUCACUGAGCGCCGGGCGGUUCGGAGGCAGCAGGAACAUCCCGAAGCGGCAAAGAUGGUGAAAGUCGGAGUCAAUGGAUUUGGCCGCAUCGGCCGCCUGGUCACCCGGGCUGCUGUCCUCUCUGGCAAAGUCCAAGUGGUGGCUAUCAACGAUCCCUUCAUUGAUUUGAACUACAUGGUUUAUAUGUUCAAAUAUGACUCUACUCAUGGCCACUUCCGGGGCACUGUCAAGGCUGAGAAUGGGAAACUUGUGAUUAAUGGGAAUGCUAUCACCAUCUUCCAGGAGCGUGACCCCAGCAACAUCAAGUGGGCAGAUGCUGGUGCUGAAUAUGUUGUGGAGUCCACUGGUGUCUUCACCACCAUGGAGAAGGCUGGGGCUCACCUGAAGGGUGGUGCCAAGCGUGUGAUCAUCUCUGCCCCCUCUGCUGAUGCUCCCAUGUUCGUGAUGGGUGUCAACCAUGAGAAGUAUGACAAGUCUCUGAAAAUUGUCAGCAAUGCUUCCUGCACUACUAACUGCCUGGCACCCUUGGCCAAGGUCAUCCAUGACAACUUUGGCAUCGUGGAGGGUCUCAUGACCACUGUCCAUGCCAUCACAGCCACACAGAAGACAGUGGAUGGGCCCUCUGGAAAGCUCUGGAGAGAUGGCAGAGGUGCUGCUCAAAACAUUAUUCCAGCGUCUACUGGAGCUGCUAAGGCUGUGGGAAAAGUCAUUCCUGAGCUCAAUGGGAAACUUACUGGAAUGGCUUUCCGUGUGCCAACCCCUAAUGUCUCUGUUGUGGACCUGACCUGCCGUCUGGAAAAACCAGCCAAGUAUGAUGACAUCAAGAGGGUAGUGAAGGCUGCUGCUGAUGGGCCCCUGAAGGGUAUCCUGGCAUACACAGAGGACCAGGUUGUUUCCUGUGAUUUCAAUGGUGACAGCCAUUCCUCGACCUUUGAUGCGGGUGCUGGCAUUGCACUGAACGACCAUUUUGUCAAGCUGGUUUCCUGGUAUGAUAAUGAAUAUGGAUACAGCAACCGUGUUGUGGACUUGAUGGUCCAUAUGGCAUCCAAGGAGUAAGCUGAGCACACAGCCCCCCCUGCUGCCUAGGGAAGCAGGACUCUCCUUUGUUGGAGCCCCUGCCCUUGUUCACCACCGCUUAGCUCUGCAUCCUGCAGUGAGAGGCCAGUUCUGUUCCCUUGUCUCCCCCACUCCUCCAACUUCUCCCCGAACCUGGGGGAGGUGGAGAGGCUGAUAGAAACUGAUCUGUUUGUGUACCACCUUACAUCAAUAAAAGUGAUCACCAUCUGAAAA